UCCUCUUCUCCCCUCACAAUUCCACCAUACUCUUCUUCAAGCAAUCAGCUAAUCAGCUAAUCAACUAGUUCUGAUCGAUGGGCUCGAUCAAGCAGCACUACUCCACCCUUCUUCUCUUACUCGUAAUUGCUAUCGCCGCCUCGUUCCUCAAUGCAGGCGAAGCAUUCCCCCUCUCCUCCCAUUUCUACGGCCAUUCGUGCCCGCGGGCGCUCGAUAUCGUGAGAUCUGUGGUCGCCAGAGCCGUGGACAGGGAGCCCAGGAUGGCUGCUUCCCUGCUCAGGCUUCACUUCCAUGACUGCUUCGUCAAGGGCUGCGACGCGUCGCUGCUGUUGGACAGCAACGGCCCCAUCGCGAGCGAGAAAGGAUCCAAGGCGAACAAGAACUCCGCGAGAGGAUUCGAGGUGAUCGACGAGAUCAAAGCUGCCCUGGAGACAGAGUGCCCCGGCACCGUGUCUUGCGCCGACAUCCUCGCGCUUGCUGCUAGAGAUUCCACUGUCUUGGCAGGAGGCCCCGACUGGGAAGUGGCACUGGGGAGGAGAGACUCACUGGGUGCGAGCUUGAGUGGCUCCAACAACAACAUUCCGGCCCCCAACAACACCCUCCAAACCAUCGUCACCAAGUUCAAGCUGCAGGGACUCGACAUUGUCGACCUUGUUGCGCUCUCAGGUGCCCACACCAUCGGGCUAUCCCGUUGCACCAGCUUCCGGCAGAGAUUGUACGACGGCCACACAGACUCGCUGGAGGAGGGCUACGCCUGGCAGCUGCGGUCCCGGUGCCCUCCCUCCGGCGGCGACGACAACCUCUUCCCGCUGGACCUGGUCAGCCCCGCCAGGUUCGACAACUCCUACUACAAGAACCUGGUGGCCGGCAAGGGGCUGCUCAACUCCGACCAAGUGCUCUUCACGGGGAGCCCCGAGACGUCGGCGCUGGUGCGGCUCUACGCCGACGACGGCGGCCUCUUCUUCGACCACUUCGCCAAGGCCAUGAUCAAAAUGGGCAACAUCUCGCCGCUCACUGGGGACCACGGCGAGAUCAGGAAGAACUGCAGGAGGAUCAAUUAGGAGGUUGCUCUGCUCCAUCGAUCGAUCGUUCUAUUUAUGGUUAUCUAUUUGUUUGCGAUAUGGUUUGUAAUUUGGUAAACGUUGUGCUGUAAUAAGAAACAAUAUAAUAUGGUUAAUGAUAUUCGCUUUAUGCUUUAAUCA